UUAGGACCAACACAACAACCACUUCCACGCCCCCUUCUACUCCUUUUCUUCCUCUUUCUUCUCACACAUCCAAACCCUACCCAACACAAACACUUUUACCUCCAUCCUUCGAUCCUCUUGCAUCGGUUUUGUGUAGCUUGAGUUUACUCCAUAAAUAUUUGAUGGAUGAUGAUAGUAGAGAUGGAUAAAAUGUCUGCUCCUCCAUCACGGGAGCGUGCACAACGCCUUUUUGAGAAGAACCUUGAAUUGGAGAAUAAGCGUCGGAGAUCAGCUCAGGCGCAAGUCCCAUCAGAUCCAAAUGCUUGGCCACAGAUGCGUGAGAACUAUGAAGCAAUAAUUCUUGAGGAUCAUGCGUUUUCUGAGCAGCAUAAUAUUGAGUAUGCUCUGUGGCAAUUGCAUUAUAAGCGGAUUGAGGAAUUGAGAGCAUACUUUAAUGCUGCUCAUACUUCUGUAAGCUCAAAAUCAUCUCAGGGAGGGAAAGGUCCUGUUCGACCUGAUCUUAUAACUAAAAUAAGACUGCAGUUUAAGACUUUUCUUUCAGAAGCAACUGGAUUUUACCAUGAUCUUAUUAUGAAAAUCAGAGCAAAGUACGGCCUUCCACUUGGUUAUUUUGAGGAGUCGGAGAAUCGAAUUGUGAUGGAGAAAGAUGGAAAGAAAUCUGCUGAGAUGAAGAAAGGUUUAAUAUCUUGUCAUCGUUGUUUGAUAUACUUGGGUGAUCUUGCUCGCUACAAAGGCUUAUAUGGUGAAGGUGACUCAAUACAACGUGAAUUUGCAGCAGCUUCUAGUUACUAUUUACAGGCUGCAUCUAUUUGGCCUUCAAGUGGGAAUCCCCAUCAUCAGCUUGCUUUAUUGGCUUCAUAUUCUGGGGAUGAGCUGGCAGCUAUUUAUCGUUAUUUUCGGAGUCUAGCUGUAGAGAGUCCAUUUACAACUGCCAGAGAUAAUUUGAUAGUUGCAUUUGAGAAGAAUCGUCAAAGUUACUCUCAGCUUUCUGGUGACGUUAAAGCUCUUAAAGUCAAAGAAUCUUCUGGACAAUUAGCUGUCAAUGGAAGAGGAAAAGUGGAAGCAAAAUUUGUGGCCAGGGAUGCUGAUGAAGAAACUUACCCUAGAAAGGACAGAACAUCCAAUAUACAAGACACUUACAAAUCCUUUUGCAUGCGCCUUGUCCGGCUAAAUGGAAUCUUAUUCACUCGAACAAGCCUGGAGAUCUUCACUGAAGUUCUCUCUCUUCUUAGUGCUGCCCUAAUGGAGCUUCUGUCAUCAGGGCAAGAUGAAGUGCUGAAUUUUGGCACUGAUACUCUUGAGAAUAGAUUUGCCAUUGUCAAAAUUGUUUCCAUUAUCAUAUUUACAGUUCAUAAUGUGAAUAAGGAAUCUGAAGGUCAAACUUAUGCAGAAAUUGUACAGCGUGCUGUUCUACUUCAGAAUGCAUUCAUUGCAGCUUUUGAAUUGAUGAGUUUAUUGGUCGAGAGAUGUGUGCAGCUGCAGGAUCCUUCUUGUAGUUAUCUUUUACCAGGCAUUUUGGUUUUUGUUGAGUGGUUGGCAUGUUAUCCAGAUCAUGCUGCAGGCAAUGAUGUGGAUGAGAAUCAGGCAACUGUAAGAUCAAAAUUUUGGAAUCAUUUUAUAUCCUUAUUGAACAAGCUACUUUCGGUUGGACCCAUGCCUCUUGAAGACGAUGAAGAGGACACUUGCUUUAAUAACAUGAGCAGGUAUGAAGAAGGGGAAACUGAAAACCGCCUUGCUUUAUUGGAGGACUUUGAGUUAAGAGGAUUUGUUCCACUUCUCCCUGCACAAACCAUCUUGGAUUUUUCAAGGAAGCAUUCCCUUGAAAGUGACAGUGAAAAGGAAAGAAAAACUCGGGUCAAAAGGAUUUUAGCUGCAGGAAAGGCUUUAGCAAAUGUUGUUAAGAUUGAUAAGAAAAUGAUAUAUUUUGACUCAAGUGGAAAGAAAUUUGUAAUUGGUAUUCAACCUCAAAACUCGGACGAUUUUGUUCUUUCCUCCUAUUCAAGUACGCCUGAUGCAGAAGAUUUAUUGAAAGAAAAUACAGUAGUUGACAAGACAAAGGUGGGAAUUGAUCAUCCAGACCACCACCAGUAUAUGGAAGGAGAGGAUGAUGAUGAGGUUAUUGUUUUCAAACCUAUAGUAGCUGAGAAACGAACUGAUGUGGUGCUUGCCUCAUCACGGGCACCCCAUGAAGGAUUAGAAUCAGUUCCAAGAGCCUCGGGAGGGAAUAUAAAUUUUAACUGUAAUUCUACUUAUAAUCCUCAGAAUGAUGCUAAACAUCAAAUUCCUUUACCUGGUUCUGUUAGUGCUGUUGUGCCUCAACACGUGCAAUCAGUUCAGCCACAUUCUUUAAGGUGGUUAGAGGAGGAAAUAUCUCUUACCAACAGUUUGAAAGGUCUUAGAUUGUUGGAGAAUGGGCACACGAUGAAACCUGACCAACCACUACAAGAAGCUUUGGCAGUCUCCAACCAUGCUGCCCUUACAGUUCCUAUCCAGCAAUCUGUAAGUGCCGGGACUAGUGUGUUUUAUGGUCAUGGUCUCUCAAAAGAUGAAGAUUUUGCAAUAUCAUCUAAAAUUGAUGCCAUUGCAUCUUCUGGAGUUUUUACUGAUAACUCUGUUAUAAAGACAUCAUCAACCUUGCAAGCUGGUUUGAAAAAAUCUCCAGUCAGCCGACCUUCUAGGCACCUUGGACCUCCUCCUGGUUUCACUCAUGUUCCUCCUAAACAAGGUAUUGAACCCAUUGUUUCCAAUUCUGUUAGUGAGAAUCCAAUUAUGGAUGAUUACAGCUGGUUGGAUGGAUAUCAGUUGCCUGCUACAUCAACCAAUGGUUUAGGCCCAAGUGGUCCUCCUAUUUACUCUCAGUCAAAUUUUCAUCUAGUCAGUAACAAUGGUUUGAGUGGGACGGUCUGUUUUCCCUUUCCUGGAAAACAAGUUCCAUCUACUCUGCAGGUGGAGAAACUGAAUGGUUGGCAAGAUUAUCAGACAUUUGAACUUUUAAAAGCACACCAUAAUCAGCAGUUGCAGUUACACCAACCACUCACAACUGGAAAUCAGCUUUUAACUCCACCGCCUGAACAAUUUCAAGGACAGUCAAUCUGGACAGGUCGACACUUUGUGUGAUGACAGUAUGAGAAUAUUGAUGGUAUGCUUCCAGUCUGGAUUUAUUGCUGUUUAUUUGAUGGAUACCUUUCAUUUUGUGUAAUUUUUGGAUUGCUAAUAUAGUUACAUAUUUGAGGUCCUUGAAGGGAUUAUUACAAAUGUGCUGCAUCCUUUGCCACCCUUCAAAGUUCCUACUCUGCUGCCUUGUCGAUGAAUGUUGUUGGAGUUUAUUUGACCUAGACAUGUUGCAGGAUCUUCCUACUACAAAUGGUGGGUGCCAAAAAUUUCUUUUACUGAUGAUGUCUAAAACUUACACAAAUUGAAAUUUGGACAAUCUUGCAUGCCACAGUUAUCCACUUUAACUGAAUUUUCAAAUUCCCGUGAUCCCAUCUUGUGUAUAUCUAAUUGUCUUGCUUCUGUUUAUCCUGGCUUCUAUUACUAUCUUUGUAAACAGUGUUCUGAGGUGUUAGGAAUCGUGGCUGUAUCUUCUGAACUGUUGAUUGGUCAUUGUGUGCUUACUGGUAAAUUUACUCUUGCAGAAUUUGCUUGUAAAUUAUUGCAGAAUUUGCUGAGCUCCCAAGUCCAGGGGAAGGAAGAUAAACAAGCAUCUUUACAGUUGGAAUUUCAUAAGUAAAAGCGUUGUCUGGUUUGGGGUGGAUAGAAGGUAAUAAAUAAAAUCCAGUCAUCUUGGAGCUUGUAUGUAUCUUCUGGGAUUGGCGGUAUGGUUUCUUCACAUCUCUUGUGGAAUUGACAUAAUGGUGCAGCUUGUGCCUGUAAGAAUUGAUACCAUCAUCUACCUCAAAUUUCGGACAAGUUGGGAAGAUUGGUAGGUGUGAAGUGGUUGUCUGAUGCUGGAUAAUGGGAUAUGAUAAUAACACUAUGGGGCAUCUUGAGUAAGUACAUAUGCUUAGUAGUUCUUAUCGUUGAUGAGGUUCAUAUAAUGUUUUUUUUAUAUAAACAGUGAUAUACGGUUCACUUUCUCCCUUUUUCGUUGUCGGGGUUUUCUCGAACUACAAUUAAUAAUUCCUGUUGGAUGGUGGACUGUGGAUAUGUCUUUGCUCUCUCUAGGAAAUAUAAUAAUAGAUACUAUGAGUAUCUA